AACAUAUUUCAUUGAGCAAAAAUACCAUCUACAUACGAGCUUUGGCUGCAAGUGGCUGUAUAGAUUCGGGACCAGGUGCAAAAAAGAUCACUUGACUGCUUCAACGAGCUUUUGAGAGCCCACAUCCCAAACAUUGAAAAAAAAGCACCAAACAGCAAAGUUCCCCGCGGGCGCACCUCCUAUUUUGCACUCUACAGAAAUGUCGGAAAUGGACUUUUCCACCACGAUUUUGACUUCCAAGUCUCCUGAGGAUGUGGCGAACUUUCUCCCCCACUCCUUGCAAUUGAGCUCCAGGCUCAUUGAGAAAAGCUUGAUGGUAUGGUUUUCCAACUAUGCAGCUAUGAUUACCAGGUACAACCAGGAUUUGAAUACAUUGGUUGCCAACGGGCGCAGUUUUUUCAGCGGCUCGGGCGGCGAGUUUGGAUCGCUCGACAAGAUAUGGAACUGCGUGGCGUCCUCGGUUAUGUCGCAAGUCGAGGUAAACGAGACCUUGAUCAAGGUGAUUAGAAAGGACAUUUUGGCACAGUUUAGCUCCGCUUUCCACGAAGACUUCAAGUACUCUGAGUUGUUGGUCAACUCGAACGAGCUUUUGGAGAUGAAAAACCAUUUGGGCGAUGACAACGGCGCCUAUAAUUGGAAUGUCAAGGCGCCGGCCAUUCUCAACAACUUCGAAAACUACAAGAAGUUUGAGAAGGAUUUAAUAUUCAACGCGUUCAUCUCGUAUUUGAAUACUCUCAACUCCAAGACUUCCAACCUAGUUCACAAGAAUGAGAAUGCCGUGAACUUCAUCUUAAAAGAAUAUCAUCUUGACAGCGAGAUGCGGCUCUACACAGACUACAUGAUCAACGCAGACGUCCCAGAAGCCGAGAGCAAAGCUGCUCCCCCUACUAACAUUCCGCCUCCUAGACCUCAGCCCAAACACAAGCCAUCAGUAGCCUCUUCCAACCUGGAAUCUGCCGCCGGUACGACUCCCGUGGCGGAGAAAAGAAAGUCGAAGUUGCGCCUGAAGAUGGGCUCGAUACUCGGCAGAAAAAAGAAACACACGUCUUUGAGCCACGCGGAAACCAUCCCCGAGGACGCUCUGGCCGUCUCUAGGCCCUCGAAACUGGAGACCCACGUUUCCCAUGGCGAUUCCAGGAACUCUGUGCAAGAACUCUAUUCUAAUACAGUGCCCCAACGUCAUUCUUUGUCGAGAGCCCAGUCGAAGGUGACAGAGCCAGCAGAAUCUGUGGCCGAGAAAGCACCGGUCAAUCCCUCACCUGUUGCUCCAUCAAAUGGCGACACAAGCUCUUUAGCUGCCGCAACCCAAAAGACGCCUCAAAAAUUCCAUCCUGCUUUUGAUGCGGCUCCUUUGCAACCAUCUCAGCCAGCGCUGCGUAUGAAUAAUGAAGGCGUUAGCUCUGUCGAAGACUUUACUCCACCAGCUCUCGUUGAAGAGAACGAUGAAGAGACUGACGACGAAGGUGCCAACUUUGUCAAGUACUCCUCCUCGGAAGAGGAGAGCGAUGUUCCGAUCGACAAAAACGGAAGGCGUGAGUCCCUACUCAACGCGCAUGACUUGGGCCAGCCUCCAAAGGUCGAGACUGACUCAGACGUGCGCUCCAGAAACACGUCCUCUGGUAAGUACAGUUUCGAGUACGGCGAUGAGUCCAAGUCCAUCUCAACUCCUCAGCACACUCCCGUUAUGCCAGCCUCACCUGAAUUUUCUGCUGAUCGCCGUGUACCCGCAAUUCCGGAGAAACCUUUCGAUGAGUCAAAACCAGUUAGAAUUUCCAACGUGAUGCCUGUGAUAGCGCCAGGCCAUACCAAGGGCGACUUCCAGUCUGCAACUGUGACACGUGCGCCACCACCGCCUCCUUCUAGAAAAGCGCAUCCUACGCAACACGAUAUACGGAGAGACUCGUUGCAGAAUCUUCACAGCUCGCGCGACUCUUUUGUCAUGCCGAAUGCUGGAGAUCGGAAGUCUCUUGUGAGUCAAACGACCGGAAACUCAUUGAUGAGGCAAGAUCAAUUCAAGCAUUUCGGUGCUUCGGAAGCAUCCAUUAGAGAGGGGUUGAACACUUCCAUUGCAGAAAUCCUCAAUGCAACUUUCAAGGACGGUAAAGUCACCAAAGCGCAAGUUUUUGGUGAAGUUGCGUUCAAUUACAAUUCCAGCGAACCAUUGGACUCCCUUACAGUGAAUAUUCCGACUCAAUUCUCUAAGUUUUUAUUGAACGACGAGUUGAUGACUAAACAUGGAAGCGAGGAAUACUCUCUCAACUUAGCGCUUAUUGCCGGUAAAACUUUGGGAGGAAUCAAAUAUCUGCUUGAUCUGAACUUAGAUCGUGUUCCUGUUUUGAUUAAACAGAUAUGGAAGUUUGAGCCGAAUCAGGCUAGUUUAAUCAUCAAGCUAUCCUUGAACGCGGCAUACAGCAAACGAAUCAAGCUUGAAAAUUUUACGAUCUCCGCGGCCUUGGAUAACUCCGUUCUGUCCAUCUCUGCUUUGUCGAAACCAGAAGGAUCGUUCAACAAGGACUUGAAUAGAAUCACGUGGAGGUAUGUAGAGCCUUUGCAACUUGACGCGUCUUCCCCCGAGAUUAAGUUAAUUGCUAGGAUCAUGACCACCGGUCUCGCCCUGGAGUCGGCUUCUGGAACGAGAUUGAGAUUCACUAUUAGCGAGGAUGCUAUUCCAAACGUGAAGAUUUUCGAUUCUUCACACCAACCUGUUCCAAGCAUAGCAAGUCUAUCGAGCGGGAAUUACAGCUCCCACAUCUAGGAUUUGUCCGUGAAGACUUUUCAGAUAUAAACUUUUGUAUGUAAAAUUAUAAAAUUGCGCCUGGCGUAUUACUCUGGAGCGUCUAAAGCCACUUGGAAUGCUUGAUGUCCUUCUUGAGCCUGUAGACAACAACAAUGAUCGCAACAAUUCCUAUAAUCAACGGUAUCAAGACCCACCUUAUAAUAGUGCCGAGGUAUUCAAAGUCAGCAGACCUGGUGUCAAGGUUCUGAUAUUGUCCCUUAAUCUCUCGGUGAUUGUCCAUCAAAAGGUCAACCUUGCCAGAAACAUCUUGCACCUCCAACCGGUGUUUCCUGACUUCUUCAAUGAUUCCCUGAUUGAGCACACGUACGGCCUUGGUCAUCU